GCCUGGCUGGAGCAGUGACUGGUCCAGUUUACACAGCUUGCUCCCAGGAGGCACUGCAGGGCCAGAGAGAGGAUGGUCUCGGUGACGAUGGCCACUUCCGAAUGGAUCCAGUUCUUUAAGGAAGCCGGCAUUCCUCCGGGACCUGCUGUCAAUUAUGCCGUGAUGUUUGUGGAUAACAGGAUCCAGAAGAGCAUGCUGCUUGAUCUCAACAAGGAAAUCAUGAACGAGCUGGGCGUGACCGUGGUCGGUGACAUCAUUGCCAUCCUGAAGCAUGCCAAGGUGGUACACCGUCAGGACAUGUGCAAAGCAGCCACCGAGUCUGUCCCCUGCAGCUCCGGCCCCCUCCCGGGCGACAGUCGCCGAGGUGCUUCAAGUGCUGCCUCCCGCAUGAUCGCCAACAGUCUGCACCACGACUCCCCACCUGGGACGCCCCCACGGCGACCGGACACCAACACUUCCAAGAUCUCAGUCACUGUCUCCAACAAGAUAGCCAAGAGCGCCAAGGCUGCCGCUGCCCAGGCCCGGCGGGAAGAGAGCCUGACCAUCCCCACCAAGCGGCGGCGGGUGACCGCAGAGAUGGAGGGAAAGUACAUUAUCAACAUGCCCAAAGGCACCACCCCGAGGACCCGAAAGAUCCUGGAGCAGCAGGCGGCCAAAGGCCCUCAGCGAACGUCUGUGUUUGACCGUCUGGGUGCUGAGAUCAAGGUAGACACAACGGUGGGGAGCAAGCCCACUGGAGUCUUCAGCCGCCUGGGGGCCACCCCAGAGGCAGAUGAGGAUGCGGCAUGGGACAGUGACACAGACAGCAGCAGCUCCGUGCUGCAGUACGCCGGGGUGCUGAAGAAGCUCAGCCGUGGGGCCCCCAGUGCCAGCCCGAAGCUGCCUCUGCCCCCGUUGCCUGUCAAGGCCAAGGCCACCAGCUCAGCUCCCGCCCCCACCCCCACCCCCGCCCCGCGGCGCCUGGCGCUGCAGCGCAAGCCGGACUCAGUGCCCAAAGUCAGCAUCGUGCAGAGACUGGGCAAGGCUCCUUUGGUGCCUGCAGCCCAGGACAGCCAGGUCACGAGCACCAAGAGCCCGACUGUCCGCUGCGUCCUGCCUGACCCUCCUGCCUUCGCGGCCUCCCAGCGGCCCCCUCGGCGACCGUGGCGUCCAGCCUGUUGAGACUGUUAGCGGGGACGCCCCUGACUCUGCUUUCCUGCCCUGCGACAUUCUCUCCCCAGCUUCCCUCUUCUCUCCUCCUCCUUUGCCCCUUUUUCCCUUUCCUCUCUGUCUCCCUCUCCUUUCCCCCCUCUCUGACCUUCCCUCUCUACUCUCUCUCCCUCUUUCUCAUUCCCUGUUUUUCCCAUUCCCUCUCCCUCUACUUCUCUCUCCACUCUUUCCCUUCCAUUCUCCAUCCUCUCGUUCUUCCUCCUUCCUCUUCCUUUCUCCCUUCUCUCUCUCCUCUCCCCUUCCCCAGGUGGGUGGCAGGCUGGGCCAGGGAUUCUCCAAUAGAUUUCUGCGACUUUGAAACCGCUUCCGCCCCUCCUUGAGGGGUAUCUCCAGAUUGGCUCCCAGAACUGGGGAGGGGUUGUCUGGUUCCGAAGUUCAUCACUUGCACCCACAGAGGGACCCUGUCUGCUCAGGCCCUGAGCUGGGAGAAGGCAUCUUGGCCGUGGUCACCACUCAUGACUGCCCACUAGGUGCAUAUGCCACUGGGCAUAGUGACCCCGGCCUCCUGCAAGGAAGGUGUGGGGAGAGCUGCCAGGCGAGGGGAGGACAGGGAGCCACGUGGAGGACUUGGGGAUCAGGGUCUGGUGACCUGGGUAUGGGGGUUUGGAAUGCCCCAGCAGAUGAGUGUCCAAAAGUAGUCUUGGGAGAGGCUGGUUGGGGCCAGGGUGCUCCUCAGGUUUGUGGACAUUGCAGGGCUUGGAAGAUUACUUUCGGCUCAGGUCUAGGGGACCAGUCGUGGCCAUUCUGCCCAGAGGGGAUCCUAGCCAGGAGGGGCACCUCUGUGGUGAUCAUGGGGUGCAGGAGGGCCAGGACACUGGGGUGGGCCUGCUGGCAGGUGACAGUCAAGUCAUCUGGUAGGACCCUGGGUCAGAGCCAGUAUCCAUGUCUGGCCAUACCUGCACAGAGGGCAGAGGGGACACAGGGGACUCCCUGGUUGCUUUCCAGGAAGCAGUUGAGGUGUCCGAUCGCCCCAGCUUCUCUUUUCUUUUCCUCCUGCUGGGCGGUCAGGAAUGGAACCUGUUCUCAUUCUCCUGCACAGGUGUGGGGGGCUCCAUCCCACCUCCUCUGGGGUGUGUGGCCCCUACAGAGUGUCCUGGCUAGUGGCCGACGGGCACCUCAGCACCUCUGACCUUUUAACAGGUGCUUGCAUUUUAUUGGCUUUCUGGGGAAAAAGAAUCAAGUUGUAAAUUUUUUUACUAUGAAUUAAAAAUGAAGUUCUGCACUUAA